AUGUUAGGCGACCAUCAUCUGGCUAUUAUUAGCCCAGCCACUAGGAAUGAGGAAAAAUUCCGUUGGGUUCCUUGCAAGCCUGGAGAAAUUAAAGAUGAGAAUUCAGAGAUCGUGGAUGUCAUCAGUUGGAUUGUUUCUGACGUUGAAGAGUUGUCUGAAAACUCACUGCUUGUGGAAAUGCUCAGGCAAACCGACAGAAGUUCAUUCAACGAUGUCUCAGAAUUGUGUGCUUUAUAUAACAAAGCUAUUAUGGAUCUCUGGCAUAUGUGGACGGAAGGGGAUGUAGUUCCUGAUUUUUACAAUAGGAAGGCAUCUCGAGACCACAUACAAUUUAUACUUUUGCAAUGCUAUAAUCGGGCUGUGUCAGAUCCAGAAAAGCUAAACCAAUAUCCACCUUUCUCGCCUCAGGUUUAUGGAGAAACAUCAUUUGAACUUAUAUCCCAGAUGAUUGAUACUAUUGCAGUCGCCAGCGACGACAUAUUUAUUGAUCUUGGCAGUGGCGUAGGUCAAGUUGUCUUGCAAGUGUCUGCAUCUACCGAUGCAAAAUUUUGUUAUGGCAUUGAAAAAGCUGAGUAUCCGUCAUACUGUGCCUCGAGGUUGGAUGCAGCAUUUCGACACUGGAUGAGCUUCUACGGGAAAUCUUAUCGACCUUACAAAUUAGAGCGUGGAGAUUUUCUGUCGUCGGAGUACCAAGAGAAGAUAAUGAGUGCUAGCGUCCUGUUUGCAAACAAUUUUGCGUUUGGUCCAGAAGUUGACCACCAAUUAAAGCAGAGGUUCGCUAAUCUUAAGGAAGGAGCACGAAUCAUCUCUUCAAAAGCAUUUUGUCCACUAAACUUCCGAAUUACCGACAGGAAUCUUGGGGAUAUUGGCUCAAUAAUGCGUGUAAGCUGCCUUAAUCCAAUCCAAGAUGCUGUUUCAUGGACUGACAAGCCAUUUAGCUAUUAUGUGCAUACGAUCGAUCGUUCUCUUUUGGAACAAUAUUUUGCUCGUUUGAAGAAUCCUAAAUCCAAAGAUGAAAAUCAAGUUCGUCGAGACCGCAAAGGUCGUAUUAUCUCUGAAGUCACUUCUAGAGAGGGUUCAUCAAACUCAUCUGCAACUAAUAAUCAGAACAAUAAUAAUAAUGCUAAUCAUGUAAGAAAGAGAUCAACACUCCUAACAAAGCAUCAUUCAACUGCUUUCCGACGUCUGCCAAAACGAUCAGCAUCUCUACCUGAUGUUAUACGUAAUUCCUGUGGAAAGUCUACUACUGCUGCUGGUACCAACACCACCACCAAUAAUAGUACACCUAAUACUUUGUCUAAAAAUAAGUCAAGUUUAUCAAAGAAAGAAACAUCUGAUCAUCAACAUCGACAUCGUCAUCAUCACCAUCAUCAUCACCCUCAACAACGCCUAAUGAAUGGUGGAUCAUCAUCUAUUGUUGUACGGCGAAUGCGAUCAUGCUCUAGACAACGAUGUAAUGCCAGAAAAUGGUCAUCACGGCGUAAACGAUCACAUACCCAUAGUAGUAAUAAUAAUGAUAAUAAUAAUAAAGCCAAUAAAAUAUCACACAAUACCAAUAGUAGUAUGCUAUCGGUUGAGAAUCAUAUUAAUGAUGAUAAUAAUAAUGAUACAGUUCUGCUUGAAUCUACUGUUAAUAAACAGUUAGCUUCAUUAACUGUCAAAGAAUCGGAUAUAUGCGAUCAAGAGGAUACUGGAAAACAGUUUACAUCCGAUAUUUCCACGGAUCUAUUAAAUAAUAAUCCUUGUGAAAAUGAUUUGCUGUCGAGAAGUGAUGCUAUGAAACAAUCUACCCGACGGAAGGGGAAAACGAUAGCGACUGUUACGACAACAACAGCAAAAACAACUGGUAAUAACAAUAAUAAUAGUAAUAACAUUAGUAAUGGUAAACAUGCUUACAGUUAUUCUGUCAUCGAUGAUUGUCUCAGUAUACAUUCCUCGUCGUCUUCUUCUCGAGGUCAACGUGACAGUCGCAAUUCAUCCUCAUCUCCGUAUGUCUCUUCGCUGUCAUCAGCGAAUCGAUCACCGAAUUCACAAACUGAUGAAACGCCAACCACUUUGAACAAUACUACAAACAGUUAUUCACAGUCAACGCUGAGAACAAUUCAAUCGCAUAACUGUUGUAUUAUCCCACAGGAUGAUUUGGAUAGAAAUAUGUCCGACCCGUCUCCUCAUAUUCGUAUUAAAUUCAGAAUAUCAAAUUCCACUGAGAGUCAAGAUCAUCCACGUGUCGGUCAGAUGAAACCAGCUCCUGUUGAGGAGGACAAUAUGAAUACUGAGGUUUCAAAUCAGGUUAAAAAUAGUAGUAACAAUAAUACUACUACCACUACCUUCAACGACAACAACAACAACAACAACACCAAUAAUAGUGGUGAUGAUGUCGACGGAGAGCAUUCAACUAGUGUUGCUAAUCGUCGUAUACUGCGUAAAUGUCGACAAGUGUUAAAUAAUAAUAAUAAUAAUGCAUCGUAUACUACAACCAAUUCUAAAAUAUCAAACCAUCGGACAAUAGUUCUACGCAAACGAAUACAAAAAUCCUUGAGAAAUGCUUCUGAAAAGUCAUCGCCAGCACCACCACCAACAACAACAACUCAUACAAAUUAUUCUCCGAAGAAAAUGAAUACCUCCCAUAGCAAUAAUAAUAACAAUAAUAGUAAUCAUAAAUUGAAAUCUACACACAAACGUUCUUCACGUGAUGACUUACAUAACAACUUGGAUAUAUUGCAUAAUCAUACUGUUGCACACGUGCAGUCUAAACCAACAUUAACUCAGUAUGGAUUGAAUGAUAAACGAAUGUCAGCUUACACGUGUCAUUAUCAACCAGUGGAUGUAUAUGCAGAAAAUAAUAAUAAUCCUCGGAUCACUGAUUUUACUAUAUCCGAUAUUCAUACAGGGCAUAAUAAAGCUCCUGUACCGUUGGCGCUUACCCAAUAUCUAGAAUUAACAAAACAAGUAUUUAUGGAUCAUUUUGCUAUGCUACAAUCACCUGCUUAUUCAUCAACGAUACAAUCUGAACUAGAACGUGAACGUAAUCGACAAACUGAAUUAUUAAAGCAUAUUAAAGUAUUAGAACAGUCAAUAGCAAAGUUGCAUACAGACGGUGCAGAAUUAUUGAAUCGUUUUACAAAACGCCUUGGUAUACUGAUAACUACACCGGCAGCAUUUUUUGCUCAAGCUAGAAGGCUAAUUAAACAUCAUCAUGCUUUAGAGGAGAAAAUUGCUGAAUUCCGGAAACAAAUUUCUGAGCUAACAACAGCCAAUCAAGAAUUAGUGAAACGGCAUCAAAUUGAGGCAGCACGUUUAUUGGCCGCUGCAACAGCCAACAAAUCGGAUAAUUGCAUUCAACACAAUUCAAUGAAUAAGACGACAUUUAACAACACCGUGAAUGAUGGUAGAGCGAAUCAACCUAGACGGAAUAGUGGCCUGUGUUAUGAUACAUCAAAUAUCUCAUACUUUAUGACUACGACUAGUAUGAGUAAUACUACUACUAAUAGUAUUACUAGUAGUACUAUUCGUUCUGCACUGCAUGGAUAUCCUACUCCAUUGUCGAAUGGUCAUAGUAGUGGUAGUGGCAGUUCAUCAAUAAUCCCACCGCCUCCAUCAUUGACUAAAGUAUCCGUGUGUUGUAGCAACAGUACUAUGACUACUCUUCAGUCGAAUGCAUUGAUCCUUCCGCAUGAAACACUUCAAUAUUCAUCUGUUCAUAGUCGUCGGUCUACUCCAUCAACAACAACAACGCAACAACUUAAUACUAUUGAUGCACCAGUUCUCUUAAAAACUCUUCAAACAGUUGGUUCGUUUUCUCCGACGAUGCCGACAACAACAACAACAACUGCCGUUGGUACUGCUACUGCGAUUGCUGUUUCUGGUUGUGAUACUAGUAAUACUAUUAUGAUGAGUAAGAAUAUGAUAAAGGAUAAUAGAAAUAAUAAUAAUAAUAGUAGUAAUCAUAGGAUUAUUCAACAAACAAAUAUACCUCCACCUCCGCCUUUACUUCCAAUGCAUAUUCCUUCUGAUAUCCGUCAAGGCAAUUGUCCCUCUUCGUCUUCUUCGGGCUUUUCUAUCAAUGCAUCCUCUUCGAUUAGUGUUCACUCCACCUCCUCGUCCUCCACCUCUUCUUAUCAGCCUAGACAUUAUCAUCUUACAGAUAAGCAUGAUCCUGUCAAUUAUAACAUUCCUUCUUUACUUCCAGAGAUCACUAGUACCUGUUAUUACACGCCAAGAACAUCAUCAACAAAAACAACAUAUUUUGAUGUAUCACACAGUAGUAGUAAUAGUAAUAAUAAAAUCAAUCAUUUGCAUCCGAGUAAAUCAAUGCAUGCUUCUGUACAAGAUUUAAUUCUUGAGGAAUUUUCACGUCAAACCCCUGGGCUAUCAUCAUCAUCAGGAGUUGAUUUAAUUACGCAUGCUACUACUACUACUGCUUCUUCGGUUGCUACUAGUGCUAGUGGUGGCAUCAACAAUGUCUACGAUAAUGUACCUGAAAGACUUUAUCCCAGCUCUCCUGUUUCACGUCAUCGUCGCCAUCAUCGUCACCAUCGUGAUCGUCAUCAUCACCAUCACAGUCAUCAUGAUCAGAAAAGUGUUCAUCCAAAUCCUAUUGAUUAUAGUCAUCAGUUCAAUUUACCUCCGCGUAAACGACACUGGGAUCCAAUUACUACAAGUAGUGACUCUUUGAUAAUUAAUCACAGUAAUAACACUAUUAAUGGUAUUGCUAACGGCGAUGUUCAUAAUGAAGAAGUAGCGGACGGAGAUUGGCUGUCAUCGAAAUUCCCUAGAAAUAAUAAUCAUUCCUGUGUAUUACCAAAACAUUGUUCAUCGCCUACUGCCUUGUUGUCAUCGACGUCGUCUCCGUUGUCAUCAUCUUCGCCGUCUUCUCCAUUAAAUUCUUGCCGUGAUAUCUCCUAUUCACAAAUUAGUAACAAUAACAACAAUAAUAAUAAUAAUUUAAGUCCACCAACAUUAUCGCCAAUUUCAUUAGAUGAGUCUAGUAUUAUAACAGAUUGUUCAUUCACUCUUGAUCGAAAUGAUUUAAAUGUCUCCUUUUCACCGUCUCAUAGUACUACUACUAAUACUAAUAAUAACAGUAAUAAUUCGAAUACAACUACACCGAUCAUUACUACUACUGCUACUACGACUACUAAUUGUAUGAAUAGUAGUAGCAUGGAGGAUGGAUUAGGUGUUAUUACAUCAACUGGACUGUGUAAGGAGGAUAACAGUGGUAUUCCUCAGCUUGUAGCCGCAGAAAAUCAUGAUAUGAAGUAUUUACCACCGAUCUUAUAUUCAUCACAUGAUCAUCACCAAACGACUGGACUGUCGUCUCCUCCUCCAACUUCUCAAACUACUACUACGCCUUCUACAAGUACUACACCUUCUCCGGUUACUUCUGUUACCAUCCACUCGAACACCAACAAUCCUUAUUAUCCUGCAAUAUCAUCACCACCACCGACAACAACAACAACAGCCGCUGCUGUGCAUAAAUAUUCAGAGAUAACAAAUUCACCGGGAUUGUUUCCCGUGUCCACGUCUAUUGUUAAACAGAAGAGUCUCCUGUCACCCUCGACUACUCCUCUUUCCUCUUAG